AUGGCGAAAUACAUUAACGUUUUAAUACCUUGUUUGGUGUUAUUAUACUUGUCCCAAGUGCAUGCUCAGUCUAAUACUGAAGCUGAUGCAACCAAUGCUUCGGGUGAAGAAGAAGAUGCCUGUGCACUUUUGCCCCUGGAAGACUAUAACAUGGGCCUCAGAGUGGGAUCCAUCUUUAUUAUCUUGGGAACUAGUGCAGUUGGAACAUACCUUCCUAUUCUUUUGCAUCGUAUCAGUCCUUACAAGCCUGGUGAUUUCCGUGAUUGGCUUCUGACCGUAGGCAAAUUUUUUGGUACUGGUGUCAUCUUGGCCACCGCUUUUGUCCAUAUGCUUCCUGACGCUUUUAAUAACUUUAGUAGCCCCUGUUUGACACAAGGCUGGCUCUCUUAUGGUGCUUUUGCUGGUGUCUUCUGUAUGCUUGCUUCAUUUGCUCUUCAAUUACUGGAAGUGGUAUCUGUCGCUCACAUGAACAAACUUCGCAAGAGAAAGCAAGACAAAGUUGAUGCUGAGCUAGGCAACAUGCAUCGCUACAACAACUUCGCACAAGAGAAAAUACCUUCUGAUUAUGUACAUGGCUCUCAAAUUUCCAAGCAGAACACUAUUGCUGAUGAAGAGAGAAUUGAAUUGCAUACUCAUGAUCACCACCAUAUUGGCGAUAGCCAUGGCCAUUCUCAUGGCGGCGCUUUUCUGGAGGAAGAGGAUGCCUAUAAACAUAUUGGCACAUAUAUUCUGGAGCUUGGUAUUGUGAUGCACUCUAUUCUUAUUGGUAUUACUCUGUCUACAACUGGAAAUAGCGAAUUCACUACACUUUUAAUUGCCCUUGUGUUCCAUCAGUUCUUUGAAGGCAUGGCUCUCGGAACUCGUUUGAAUGAUUUGAGCUACAAGCAAUGGUACAAGCCUGCUCUUAUGGGUCUACUCUACAUUAUUAUGACUCCUAUUGGUAUUGCUAUUGGUAUUGGAAUUCACUCUUCGUUCAACCCCAACUCUUACUCUGCUGUGUUGUCUUCUGCUAUUCUCGACUCUCUUUCAGCUGGUAUUUUACUCUACAAUGCCUACGUAUCACUCAUGAGUAUGGAGAUCAGUCAUAGCACUGCUUUCCAAAACGCAUCCACGAUCAGAAAGGUCUGCAGUUUCGUUUCAAUGUACAUUGGUGCUGGUCUCAUGUCAUUGAUUGGCGAAUGGGCUUAG